ACAUUUCCGACAGCACCUAAAGGCAUCACCGCCCAGCCUACCCCCGCGAUGGAGGUGAUUAGGGAGCGCUAGACUGUCCCAGACGGCGCACGAGCCACUCCCUGCGCCCGGUGCACCCUUCGCGCUCCAGUCCGGCCACAGCUCCAUUCAUUGUGCUGAGAAACGGAUGGGAGCCACGUUCCUCCUCAUCCAGCACGGAAGACACGCGCUCAUCUGAAGACAGGCGAGGACGGGCUUCAGGAGCCACUCCAGACUCGGAGGAAACACUUCUGGGAUCCUACUUUUGUCCGAAGUGGAUUUAGGACGAGAGGGAGCAACUCCUGUUGAGACUGAGAGGGGGGACACCUACAGCCAAAAUGGAGGUGAAGACGUCACUUCUAGACAACAUGAUCGGGGUGGGCGACAUGGUUCUCCUAGAGCCCCUGUCUGAGGACUCAUUCCUGGAGAACCUGAGGAAACGCUUUGACCACAAUGAGAUCUACACAUACAUCGGCAGCGUGGUGAUCUCCAUGAACCCCUACAGAUCCCUGCCCAUCUUCACACCGGAUAAAGUGGAAGAGUAUCGCAACAGGAACUUCUAUGAGCUUAGUCCCCACAUUUACGCUCUAGCAGACGAGGCCUAUCGUUCACUGAGGGACCAGGACAAGGACCAGUGCAUCCUCAUCACAGGGGAGAGUGGGGCUGGGAAAACAGAGGCCAGUAAGCUGGUGAUGUCCUACGUGGCAGCCGUGUGUGGGAAGGGCCAGGAGGUGAACAAGGUCAAGGAACAGCUGCUGCAGUCCAAUCCUGUGCUGGAGGCUUUUGGAAACGCUAAAACAGUGAGGAACGACAACUCUUCCAGAUUUGGGAAGUACAUGGACAUCGAGUUUGACUUCAAAGGAGAUCCUCUGGGCGGAGUCAUCAGCAACUAUCUGCUGGAGAAGUCCCGCGUGGUGAAGCAGCCAAGAGGCGAGAGGAACUUCCACGUCUUUUAUCAGCUUCUGUCCGGAGCCUCUGACGACACACUCAAGAAGCUGAAGCUGCACCGGGAUUUCAGCAAGUACAAUUACCUGAGCCUGGACUCGGCUGUGGUCAGUGGGCUGGAUGAUGCCGCCAACUUCCGGACAGUCAAAAACGCCAUGCAAAUUGUGGGCUUCAUGGAGAACGAGGUGCUGUCAGUGCUGGAGCUGGUGGCCGCCGUGCUGAAGCUUGGCAACAUCGAGUUCAAGCCGGAGUCUCGCUGUAACGGGACAGACGAGAGCCGCGUCAAGGACAAAAACGAUUUGAAGGAGAUGUGUGAGCUUCUGGGGAUCGAACAAUCAGUGCUGGAGAGGGCGUUCAGCUACCGCACAGUGGAGGCCAAGCUGGAGAAAGUCUCCACCACGCUGAACGUGGCUCAGGCAUACUAUGCCAGAGAUGCCCUUGCUAAAAAUCUCUACAACCGUCUUUUUACCUGGCUGGUUACCAGGAUCAAUGAAAGCAUUAAAGCACAAGCUAAGACCCGCCACAAGGUUAUGGGCGUGCUGGACAUCUAUGGCUUUGAGAUUUUUGAGGACAACAGCUUCGAGCAGUUCAUCAUCAACUAUUGCAACGAGAAGCUGCAGCAAAUCUUCAUUGAGCUUACCCUGCGUGAGGAGCAGGAGGAAUAUAUCAGAGAGGGCAUCGAGUGGACCAAUAUCGAGUAUUUCAACAACGCUAUUAUUUGCGACCUCAUUGAGAAUAACCAAAACGGCAUCUUGGCCAUGUUGGAUGAGGAGUGCCUGCGGCCCGGGACGGUCACGGACGAGACCUUCCUGGACAAAUUGAACACCGUCUGUGCCGAGCACCAGCACUUUGAAAGUCGUCUCAGCAAGAAUUCAAAGUUUCUCACGGACCACAGCCUGCCACACAACUGCUUCCGCAUUCAGCACUAUGCUGGCAAGGUGCUGUACCGGGCUGAAGGAUUUGUAGACAAGAACAACGACCUGUUAUAUCGAGAUUUAUCACAAGCCAUGUACAAGGCCAACCACUGCCUCAUCAAGCAGCUGUUCCCUGAAGGCAACCCGGCCAAAGUCAACCUGAAGAGACCACCGACAGCUGGUUUUCAGUUCAGAGCUUCAGUGGGGACACUGAUGAGGAAUCUGCAAACCAAGAACCCAAACUACAUCCGGUGCAUCAAGCCCAACGACAAGAAGGCGCCUCACAUCUUCACCGAUUCCCUGGUGCGCCACCAGGUGCGCUACCUGGGCCUGAUGGAGAACGUGCGCGUGAGGAGAGCGGGAUACGCCUUCCGCCAGCUUUACGAGCCCUGCUUGGAACGCUACAAGAUGCUCUGCAAACAGACCUGGCCCCAUUGGAGAGGACCCGCCAGGGAAGGAGUGGAGGUGCUGAUGGGCGACACCCAGGUUCCAGCCGAGGAAUUCUCAUACGGCCGAUCCAAGAUCUUCAUCAGGAACCCGAGAACGCUGUUCUUCUUGGAGGAAAGGAGGAGACAGUGCCUGCAAGACCUGGCCACGCUUAUUCAGAAGAUCUACCGGGGCUGGAAGUGCCGCACCCACUUCCUGCUGCUGAAGAAGAGUCAGAUAACCGUGGCGGCGUGGUACCGUCGAUACGCGCAACAAAAGAAAUACCAAAGGAUCAGGAGCGCCGCCACGGUGGUGCAGUCCUACACCCGAGGAUGGCAGGCCCGUAAACUGCUGCGAGAGCUGAAGUAUCAGAAGAGAUGUGAGGAGGCAGCCACCACCAUUGCAGCCUACUGGCACGGCACCCAGGCUCGGACGGAGCUGCGACGUCUAAAACAAGAAGUGCGGAAUAAACACGCUGUGACAGUAAUUUGGGCUUACUGGCAGGGAACCCAGGCCAGGAGGGAGCUGCGUCAGCUGAAGGAGGCGGCGAGGAGUAAACGCGCCGUGUCGGUCAUUUGGGCCGGCUGGCAGGGCACCAAGGCUCGCAGGGAGCUGAGGCGACUGAAGGAGGAGGCCAGACGCAAGCGUGCUGUCGCUCUGAUUUGGGCCUAUUGGAAGGGACUCAAGGUUCGCAGAGAGUACAGAAAAUAUUUCAGGGCAAAUGCAGGCAAGAAGAUCUAUGACUUCACCAUCCAGAGGAUUAUGCAAAAAUACUUCCUGGGUCUGAAGAAUACCGUGCCCUCUAUGUCACCCAUAGACAAGAACUGGCCGGCUCGGCCUUAUUGCUUCCUAGACAGAGUCCACGCAGAGCUCCGGAAAAUCUUCCAUCUUUGGAGGUGCAAGAAAUACAGGAGCCAGUUCACGGAGGAGCGGAAGGCAGUGUAUGAGGAGAAACUGGAGGCAAGUGAGCUCUUCAAGGAUAAAAAGGCUCUUUACCCGCGCAGCGUGAGCCAGCCCUUCAAAGGAGAUUACCUGGAGAUCAGCAAGAACCCCAAGUAUCAGAAGCUCAGCAGCGCUGUGGACGAAAAGGUUCUGCUGGCUGAUGUAGUCAACAAGAUUAACCGGGCCAAUGGCAAGGGCACAGCCCGGAUCUUCCUGCUGACCAAGAAGAGUUUUGUCCUGGCCGACCAGAAGACGGGUCAGGUGAAGGCCAGCGUCCCUCUGCCGGACCUGUCCAGCGUGUCCGUCAGCACCCAGAGUGAUGGCUUCUUCGCGCUGAAGCUCAAAGAGGGGUCAGCAUCCGCUACCAAAGGCGACUUCUUACUCAGCAGCGAGCGCCUGAUCGAGAUCAUCACCAAGCUGCACCGCAUCGGGGCCACGGCCGCAGACCGGGACCAGCUCAGCGUCGACAUCUCAGACGAGUUCCUGGUGCAGUUCAAGCACGACAAAGUGUGCGUGAAGUUCAUCCAGGGCGCCCCCAAGAACGGCAACAGCGUUUCCUGCAAGCGCAAGAACAACCGCCUGCUGGAGGUGUCGGUGCCCAACACGGCGUAGUUGCACCGCCUGCACGUCCACUGCUGCCGAGUGCUCCCAUGGAGGAGGGGGUUAAAGGAGAGGAGCACCCCCCUCCCCCAAAUCCAAAACCGCAACCCCAGUGCCCACCCUGAGCCCAAAAGUGACAGUGCAGUUAUUUGGCUCGUUUAAGUUGUUGUCUCUUCAGUCUCUCGUCAUCAGAUUUACAUCAGCACCACUGUUAGGUGCCGCGAAACCCUUUUAGCGGGGGUUGCAUGCCACAGAAAUUUGGCAAAAAGUUUCACUGGUGUUUUGUAAAACUAGGCGACAGAGCUGAAGAUGGAAGGAAGAGGUCUUGGUGGAGUACAAGAGACUUUUGCACGUCAGCGGGGAUGUAAUGAUUAUUCUGCCUGUCUGGUAAUUUAGUCGGAGACGAUGCCAUUGUGAGAACCGGGUGACGAGCUCCAGCCUCAAAUGGCCCCGACUCAUCUGAUUUUGAGCGUGCGACUUAAAAAAGAUGAAGUGGGAGCUUUUGGGUUGGGUUUGUCUCUGUAAAACUGCACUAGUUUAUGACUUGGUGUAACCAAAAAGAGGAUGAUCAGAAAAAAAAAAAACUUUUGAUGGUAUGUUGUAUUCAUUUGUUAAAAAGAGCAAGACGUUGGACCAUUAAGAAGUUUUAUAUAAUUUGUUAUUUUAUUGUGAACCACCAGUGCAAAUGCCACUAAACAGGUCCCAUGACUUGUCACAUGUCGAUGCACAAAUACAAACCACAUGUUUCCCCCAUUCACUCGUAUUGACAACAUCCAUGCUGUAGAAUAGGGGAGAGUACAUCAACCCGUGGUGGUAAUGUGUUAUUGACAGCGCUGCAUAAGCAAAGUGCAGGCGGGGGAAUCGUGUCCGAGCUGCAUUUUACCUGCAAAGACACGCGAUGAACCGAAUCUCUGUCCGUUAAAUUGCAAAAUCCACCAACGAGGCAAAGAAGCGCCUCGCUUUAUGCAGGACUCAACGAAAGAUAACGAAAAGGGCAGAACAGACAUUCCAGUGGGAGGGACGGCACCCGACCGCGACAAGUGAAGAUGCCAACACCUUCCAUAAUGUCUUCACCUGAUCCUGAGUUUCCUCUGGCGCAGGAGACACUUCCUUAAUGGUAAUAAUUUUUUUGUGCGUGCAAUAAAUGAAAGCUUUGUCUCGAUCGCUCUCUCUCCAGACGGCCCCUAGUGAGUGGACCCUUAGCAGCCGACCUCACUGUAUCUAAAGCUGUACAUAAGCUCCAUAGGACAAAGGGUUUCUCUGUAGUGUUAUCAUUUCAGUUGCCGUGUGUGAGAAAUAGCCGUUUUUGCCAGCGCAGCGUAGCGUGAGUUAUCAUAGUGCUUGACCCUCUCUGACCUUUUGUGUUAUUUCUUAAAGGAGACAGACCGAAUAUCAAGCACACCUUUAUUAUAGAUUCUUGAUGUAUUCAAAGGCAUUGACCAGCGUUUGGUAGAAUGUGGCAUUUUAUUUUCGCACGAGCCAGGUUUGAGUGCAUUUCCAGCCGGUCCUUCUUUGCUGGUCGGCGUGUGAAGGGACAACACAGCCAGUAUUGGUGACGUCGCCCUCUCUGAUGCAGCAGGUGGACAUGGGGGGUUGUUUUGGUUCUUUCUUUACGUGUCACGCGCAUUGGGAACAAUGGAGCCGAUGGCCUUUACUGAUGCACACGCCUCGACGUGGCCCAGACCCUCCUGCUCUUUCUCUCCUCUCCGUUUCCUGUUUGAAACCAGUGGCUAGAGCUGCAAAAGUGACGUCUGCCUUCUUGUGUGCCUCAUGUUAACAUGUGCUCGGAGACAUGGACUUAAUUCAGCAGAACUCAGUGUAACAUUUACUUGCAGGUAAUCUUUUUUUUUUUUUUAAUUAAAUAAAUGAAAAAUCUGUAUCAGUUUUCUUUUUUUUUUCUUAAUUUUCAUUGUUUAUACAAUUUCCCAGCAUCUGUUUAUUAUAUGGGUUUGUUGUUUGUUCCAAGCAAUGAAUCACACUUCUAUCACUAAAUCAGUGCGGAAUGAUGAACAGGUCACGUUGCUCCAGCAUUUCAGUAGUUUAUGUAAUCCACGCAGACGACAUUUUAAAUCAGACAUCAGUUUAUUAAAUCUCGCAUUCCUUUAAAAGGCCCUUUGGGCUGUUAUCAGCAGCAUCAGCGGGGGGGCGGCCUGGAGUGGGAGUCUUUAGAAGCACUGGGGCUGGACAGCCGGGCCUUGUAGUCAAGCAGCUGGCCAGAUGUUUUCCAUCACAUCUGGGGGAGAGCUGUCCUAGGGUUAAAUUCCGCGGCUUGGGGAGAGCUGCAGGCAACGGGUCUCCGGGGAGCAGCCCUCGGAUUGAGUACAGCGUGGUAAAAAUAGCGCGGAGCGUUUUGAGCUGCCCAGUACCCAGUUCCCACCACUCAGCGGGCUGGGAAACGGGGGAGGAGCCUCAGCCUCCCCGUGGAUGUUCAAGCCACAGUGGGAGCGCCGCUGCAGGGCCUGUAGGACUCACACAGAGCUGCAUCAAAGCAGCGCAACAGCACGGCUCCUGUCUUAGAGAUUUGCCUUGUUAAUACAGCAAGCGAGCAGGAAAAUAAAAAUAUUUGUCACGUUUUAUUCUUUUGGUUUAUUGUGCCACGUUGUGAAAAAUGGAUUCUGCUUUAUAGAUAUUUGCUUAGAUUGAAACGGCGGCAUCUGAAAAGGCGCUAUAGCUUUUUUAUUUUUAGAAUCAUUCCAAUAUUAUGAUGAUCUGGCGAACAGAGCGCACAAGAUUCCACUUCCUCUGAGUUUAAGUAGCUUUUGGCGACACCACAUGGACUUUAGAUGACAUUGCAUUAAAUAAAUCAAAACGAUGACAGAGGUUUUAAUUAUAUACUAUAAGUGAAUGUACUUCUAAUAGAUUAAAACAAAUUAUUAUGUAACUUC